CCGACUAAAAAAGUUGCCCGUGUGUGUGUGACGACGACGGGCCCUGGGAUGCAGCACUGCGCCGUAAACAAACCCCCAAUUGCAUGCCUCUGGUCUUCUUCUUCUAUACUGCCAUACAUACACCCUACGAACAUCCUCAACUCCCUCCCGCCAUCCUUGGAACAAUUCUGAAACGAUCGCACUUACAGUUCAAGCAUCAGGAAUCCCGAAUCAAUCCAAUCCGAUCCUACGCCCGUUCUGCCAAUACAAACAAACCGUUGUGCACUGCCGACGCAAGCCGCAUCCCCAUCACCGUCACCGAGAACCGUGGUUCUACAAGCGAUUGCCAGAUCCAAACCUCGACCACAUGCCGCGCCUUCACAUCCUCUCUCGAUAAAUCAAAUCGACCUCGCGCCUUGCGCGCAGAGAAAUCCCCACAAUCAUGGACGUUGCUGGCCAAGUCCUACGACACACCCUCACACUCGCCGUCCGAGCGGCCGCAGAGACGACGACCGCCGCCGCCGCCGCCAAUGCCCCAGGAGCUGCGCCGGAGAAUGAACGACCGGGAUGGUAUAAGAUCGUUGGGAUCAUCCUCGCCAUCGCCUCCGGCCUUUCCAUUGGAGUGUCGUUCGUGUUGAAAAAGAUUGGAUUGUUGAGAGCGAAUGUGAAAUACAAUGAGGAAGCCGGCGAGGGCUUUGGAUACCUCCGGACACCCAUGUGGUGGUUCGGCAUGACCUUGAUGAUCAUGGGCGAAAUCUUCAACCUCGUCGCUUAUGCCUUUGCGGAUGCGAUUCUCGUCACACCGAUGGGAGCAUUGACUAUCGUGGUCACAGCCAUUCUGUCAAAGAUAUUCCUCAAGGAGCGCUUAAGCUUCGUCGGCUGGGUCGCAUGCUUCCUCUGCAUAGCAGGUAGUGUGGUCAUUGCGCUGAAUGCGCCGUCACAUUCUGCCGUCUCCGACAUUGCCGAAAUGCAGCGCUACUUCAUCACGCCCGGAUUUCUAUCCUACACCGGAGUCAUUAUUCUCAUUUGCCUGUUCCUCGCCUUUUGGGCCGCGCCACGCUAUGGUAAAAAGUCCAUGAUGGUCUACAUCUCCAUCUGCGGUCUGAUCGGUGGCCCCAACGUCGUUGCUCUACAAGGUGUGGGCACUGCGGUGCUGACACAGAUCGGUGGCAAAGCCCAGUUCAACGGGUGGUUCAUCUACAUUUUGAUCUUAUUCCUGAUUGUAACACUACUGGUGGUAAUCGUCUACCUGAAUAAAGCAUUGAACCUCUUCAACGCCGCAAUGGUCACGCCGACCUAUUACGUUUUCUUCACCUCGUCAGUCAUCAUCUCCUCGAUUGUCCUCUUCCAAGGUCUCAAAGGAACGGCUGUCCAAAUCAUCAAUGUCGUCAUGGGGUUUCUCGUCAUCUGCUCCGGGGUCAUCCUGUUACAACUUGCCAAGUCGGCGAAGGAGGUGUCCGACUCGAAAGUGCUCAGUGGCGAUCUCAAUGAGAUUCGUACAGUGGCAGAAGUCGAAGAGCCCGAAUACGAGCCUCGUGCGGACACACUACACGGCAGUGCCAGCAUCGUCAGAGCGAUGAGUCGGGUCCGCACGCAAAGACAGAUCAACGAGGUCAAGCGGAUACACGACGAAAUGCUCGAACCGGUCCGCGAGAACGAACAUGUCGAAUGGGAUGGAUUACGCCGACGAAAGACCGUCUCAUCGCACGGCGGCUCGGUAUCGAGACAGAAAAGUGUCCGCCCACCCCUCGGGAUGGCACAGUUCCCGGACGACGUAAGCGAGCCUGACAGCGAAGUCCACCCCGGCUUCUUCGGAAGAAUCGGCCGGAUGGCGAGAGCAGGAUCACAAAGCCAGACGACCCGCGGACACAGUCCAGUCCCCAUGACGAGCGUCCAGCCGAACAAGCAAGACCCCAACACCAACCACGACAACAAUGGAAUGCAGCACACUUUCGGUCUACCCGCCGCCUUGCAACGGGAUCGUGCCAGCGAAUACACCGAAACCGCCUACAAAUCCAUCCCGACCGCGCCCUCGGGCUCCCACAUCCACUUCGUCGGCAGCGACAGCCCCUCGCGCCAGGAGUCCCGCGGCAGCAACAACCUGCACCCCCACGACUCCGUCCCCAAUUCCGCUUCCGGCACCCGCCGGCAAUUCUCCUUCCAAAACGUCUUCACGCGCAACCGGGCCGACAGCGACGACCCCCACCGGCCCGUCAGCCGCGGCGCCCUGUCCUUCUCCAGCCGCAUCAGCAGCCGGGAAUACCCCGCCGGCGCCGCCACGACGGAGGAGGAACGGCUGGGCCUCGUGCACGGCGACUCGCGGAAGAUCCUGCUCCCGAAGUUCCGCGAGGAGGAGGAGGAGCGCGACGAGGACUGGCAGAUGACCCCUUCUUCGUCCUCGGCCCGUGGCGGCAGUUCAAGCCCUGAACGGAUCCUCGUCGGUGCUGGCGCCGGUGCUGAUGAUGGUCGGAACCCCCCUCCGCCGCCGCCGCAUCAUCAGCAGCGGAGGAGGGACACGUUUGAUGACGAUGACGAUGGCGAUGACCUCGAGAAGCACGAACUGUACGAUGCGCCGCUGAGGGAUCCUUCCGACCGGGAGGACCAGCCUGGGAAUCGGCAGGGGACGAGCGGUGGGGGUUCGGCGUAUAGAUGAUGAUUGAAACGAUUUGAAGUACAUCUGCAUGCGUGGGACAGGGGUUUAAGACCUCUGUGUUUCUGCUCUGAUUGAAGCGUUGUAGCGAUUUUACAUUUACCAUCAUAAUGCCCUCGCCUUUUUUCUGAUGAUUCAAAAAGGAACUCUGUGGUCCGUCUGUGCCCCCCCUCUCUCUUUCUUCACGAUGGUCUCGAUGGGUGAAACCCGCGAUGUUUUUACGGCUCUCUUUCUCGCCCCUCCCAGAAUCCUCCAGGUGGCUUCUCGGAGAAAUGACUUCUCAUCCACCUCCCUCCGCGGGCUGUCUGAUCACAAGUUGGGAGAUA